AGGCGUAGCUAAUUCGACUUAAGAAAGAAAAAGAAUAUCUGAAGUCAAACACACAUGACCGACCCACUACCAUCUCCUUCGCGCCUUUGCUUAAGCUUAAUCCCUCUAUUUUUUGGUAAUAACAAUAGUUUGUUAGGUCAACUGUUACUCAUAAUUUGAUCUCAAAUGGCACGGCCACAGUUCACCGUUAUUCUCGCGAUCAUCUCUCUGUUGAUCCAUUACGGUGUCGUUUCCGGCUUCCGAUUAUCUGAUGUUACUAACGGCAGCUCCGUUUUCCUCCCUUCGCCGGCCGACGGCAGCCGUCACACAACCAUGCUGCUGCCGCUCUUUCCUCCGAAAGACACUUCACGCCGUGCGGAAAUCUCCCGUCGCCACCUCCAGAAAAGUCCUGCCAGCGCUCGCAUGUCUCUCCAUGAUGAUCUCCUCCUCAACGGAUACUAUACAACUCAUAUUUGGAUUGGAACACCACCGCAGAAGUUCGCUCUUAUUGUUGAUACAGGGAGUACAGUUACCUAUGUCCCUUGCUCUGAGUGUAAAAAGUGUGGCAACCAUCAGGAUCCUAAGUUUCAGCCGGAAAUGUCAAGCACUUAUCAAUCUGUGAAAUGCAAUAAGGCUUGUCCCUGCGACCAUAAGAGGCAGCAAUGUAUUUAUGAGAGACGGUACGCUGAGAUGAGUGCAAGUUAUGGGUUGCUUGGAGAGGACAUCAUAUCUUUUGGAAAUCUAAGUGAGCUUGCACCACAACGAGCUGUUUUUGGAUGUGAAAUUGCGGAAACUGGUGAUCUUUACAGCCAACGUGCUGAUGGUAUAAUGGGUUUGGGCCGAGGUGAUCUUAGUAUAGUUGAUCAACUUGUUGAAAAACAUGUAAUUAGUGAUUCUUUCUCCUUGUGCUAUGGAGGGAUGGAUUUUGGUGGCGGGGCAAUGGUUCUUGGUGGAGUAAAACCCCCUGCUGACAUGGCCUUUACCAAAUCAGAUUUUGGUCACAGCCCGUACUACAAUAUUGACCUGAAGGAGAUACAUGUCGCUGGGAAGCCGCUAAACCUAAAUCCACGGGUUUUUGGUGGAAAACAUGGGACUAUACUUGAUAGUGGUACCACCUAUGCGUACCUUCCAGAAGCAGCAUUUGCAGCUUUCAAGAAUGCUGUAGUGAAAGAGCUUCAUUCUUUAAAACAGAUUGAAGGGCCAGAUCCUAGUUUUAAAGAUAUCUGCUUUUCUGGUGCUGGAAGCAACAUAUCAGAACUCUCAAAGAACUUUCCGCGUGUCGAUAUGGUAUUCAGCGAUGGAAAGAAACUAACUCUCUCUCCUGAAAAUUACUUGUUUCAGCACUUCAAAGUACGUGGUGCUUAUUGCCUAGGAAUUUUCCCGAAUGGAAAGAAUCCAGCUAGUCUUCUUGGAGGAAUCGUUGUUCGCAACACUCUUGUUACUUACGAUCGUGAAAAUAAAAGAAUUGGUUUUUGGAAAACUAAUUGUUCUGAGUUAUGGGACAGACUCAAUUUAUCCCCUCCAUCUCCACCUUCACCAUCGGUCUCAAGCUUGGAUAACACAAACUCCAGUGCGCACCUGUCUCCUUCAUCAGCUCCUAGUGGACCCCCUGGGUACAACACACCUGUGGAAAUUAAAGUUGGGCUCAUUACAUUUUACUUGUCACUAAGUGUCAACUGCUCAGAGUUGAAGCCUCGCAUUCCAGAACUUGCCCAUUUCAUUGCCCAAGAGUUGGAUGUUAAUGUCUCACAG